GCUACCGACGUUGCAAUAGGAGAGGUUCUUCAUUUUUUAUUGAGACAAUUGUUAAUUUGUUGUGUAUUUUAAAUGAUAUUGCUGUGCUCAUUGUAGGGAUUGUAUUGCAGUGCUUAUCAAGAGGCUAUCAAUUAUGGACAAAGUGCAAUUCAAUACACAGAUGGUCAACAUGAGGAAGACGGUGAAAAGGGCAAAAGUGCAGCUUAUUCACCAUUUAACACGCCAAAUCAUCGUCAUCAGAAAGAAGAAAGGUUCUGGGAAGCAGCUUGUAAAGAAUGAACGGCGAGCAGGAAGGUUGGUGAAAGAGAUUGAAGUAAUCAAAGAUCUUGCUUGCGAUGAGGUUACCAUGACUGCCAUUAUUAAUAAAAAGACUCUUCAGGCUGUGUUGGAUAAUGCCAAUUCCACAGCGGAGGAACGUGGUACAGCCCGUCUCAUCCACCACAAGCUGAUUGCCCAGCAAGUUUCUACCUUCAGAGAUCUUGUCACAGAUGAUCUACUGGAAAUUGGGAAGAGAAAGGAAAAAUUGAUCAGUAGAACCAAAGAAGGAAUAAGAAAAGGAAAGAGAAGAGGCUCUGAAUCAUCGAUUGAGGGGGAGGAAGAGGAUGAGUCUUUAGAAGAAGGGAGCGAAGAAAGCGACGACGGUAGUGAAGAGAAGGACGAUUCUCUAUUCCAAGCGAAGGAUUCAGGAAGAUUGACAAAUGUUGAGUCGACAAGUCUGUCGGAACAGAAUCAGCGAUUGAGAGAACAGAUGGAAAGCAGGCAUAAAAAAUCUGGAUUCUUUGUGAAAACUCAAAGCAAGAAGGACAGGAUACAGGGAGGGAGUGAUGGUCAGGAAGAGGAUAGUGAUGAUGAUGAUGAUGAAGAGGAUGACGAUGAGGGGAGUUUGGAAGACAUGGAUGAUGACAUUGACGAGAUGGGGGAAAACUUCAACGCCGAGCUUAGGGAACUCUCCGCAGAAUUUCAGAAAGGGAGGAACAGUGGGCAGGUGGAGAAGGAUAGGAAGAAACUGAAAGGCUUGGAUUCUUUGUUUGUGGGGAAAUUAUCUGGCAAGGGCCAUGAAUCUGCAGAGAAUAUUACCAAAGGAAGGAAGAAUCGACCUGGGCAGAAAGAAAGACACAAGAUCAAUGUCAAGAAACAGCUUGAUGUUUUGAGGAGACCUUCCAAGAAAGAGCCUGGAGAGGGCAGCAGACAGGUUGCACUUGUGGAUCUACCUAGUCUUGAUAUGAGAGAGAAAGCACAACCGAAGAGGAAGGUGAUUCCAGGCAUCAAUGCUCCAUUUGAGAAGCCCAAAACUGAAGAUUCAUCAAAUGAGAGGCCGCUGCCAUCCCAGCGCCAGAUGGUCUACCCUUCGUCUAGGAGAGGAAGGGGAGGAGCUGCAAGAGGAGGAGCCGGAGGAGGAAAAUCACUCAUGAGGGCUCCUGCACAAGCUCCAGAGAUCCUGCAUCCAUCCUGGGAGGCCAAAAAGAAGAAGAAGGAGCAGGAGUCCAAGAUCUUGCCUUUUACUGGGAAGAAGAUAACAUUCGAUGACUGAUGAUGGCCAAGGGCGACUCUCAAAUUGGUCGUGCGAAGAAGAUCUAUGAUGUCACACAUGUUAAACUUCCUCAUUUGGACAAUGAAAUAUUACCCUAAAAUAUCUCUCUAUACUCGUUCAUGAUAUCAUGUUGUGAUAUCUCUAUUUAAUACAUGUCCUGUCUUAAAAAAAAAUAUAUGAUCUUGUGAUGGACUUUAUAAAAGAGCAUCAUAAGGUUGGAUUGCCAAUGGGAGGAUCUUCAUAGCAUUAGGGAUCUCAAUAUUUAAAUGCUCAUAACUUAUUCAUUUAAUCUUCCUCAAACUUUCUUUGAUUUGCUUCUUUUUCUCUGAUAUGAAUUCAAAUGGUUUCAAGUAACAGGGGGAAAGAAAUACCUUCUUCCCUCAAAAGGAGAAUGAAUGAAGCUAAUAAUGUGUUCUGGGCCGGGGGGGGGGCGCACUGCCAUUGACGAGUA